GUAACAAAAUGGGUGUAAGAAUGAAAACCUAAAAUCCAAUUUGGACAAGAGAACGAACAAUCCCAUCUUCAUCUUCAUCUCCUUCUUCUACUACUACUGCACUUCUUCUGACAAUACGCUGUAAGCUCCGCCUCUACACCUCCGAUCUCUGCUUACGUUACACUCUCAUGGCAAUGCCGGACUUCCCAAUGCUGCCCUUCUUCUGAAUUGUGGGAUUUUGUUUCUCCGCCAUUGGAGAGUAUAUCAAUUGAGAUGUUUAAGAAGUUGGAUUGUGAUGAAGGACCUAAGGAUUUUGAUGGACCUAAGGACCUACCUAAGGACAUUUUUGAAAUGCUUAAUUUUCCACUAGAAGAUGUUGAACAGGAUAUUGAUAAAGAUGACUGGAAUGAUAUUCCAUUGCCUGAUCUCCCACUCGAUUAUUGUGUGGGUUUUACAAACGGGUUAGUUGGAGUAUACCAAAAUGAUUGUUCUAAACCAAAUAAAAUUCUUCCUACCUCGUAUGAGAAAGCUUGUCGACUAAAGCAAAUCCCGAGUGCUGCUGCUGAGAGUACUAUUAAGACUUCUAGUGCUGGAGGCAAACUCCUCAGCCAUGACUCUUCUGAUGUGAAAAACGUGCGACUCUUCAAAACCUCCAGUCCAGUUUCUAUCCUUGAGAGCACCAGCUCUUGUUUCACUGAAAACCAAAUGCCGGUUGACAAAAAAUUUAUAGUCCCAAAGAAGCGUGCCAGAAGCAAGCGUACACGUUCCUCAAAUGUCAACAAACUACGCUCACUGUCUUUUCUUUCAUCAACUUCCUCUUCAUUUGAAAGUCUUUGUCUUGAAUCAGAUUCAGGGACUGUUGAUGAUGGCAAAAUGUUUAAACAGUCUGUGAAAAAACCAGUCAGGAAGGGGAAGAUUGCAUUCAACAUACCAGGUACUGAGACGAAAAACUUCAACUCGCAGGAACAGAACACAACCAAGAAAUGCACGCACUGUGAGGUGACGAAUACCCCACAAUGGAGGGAAGGACCAUUGGGACCGAAGACCCUCUGCAAUGCUUGUGGGGUUCGAUAUAGGUCUGGCCGCCUCUUUCCAGAGUACCGCCCUGCAGCGAGCCCUACUUUCAUUCCAUCGGUGCAUUCCAACUCUCAUAAGAAGGUUAUAGAGAUGAGAAACAAGGGUAACCAGGGUACCAAGAACAGCAGUAGGGCUAGUGUUGAGCUUUAUUGUUGUUCUCAACCAGGAAAUUCAGUUAGACAUGUAUUUGUUUAAUUAUAUAUUAAAAGAACGGUCUUUAUGGUAGGAUCUUUCUUGUUAGUCUGUGCUUGGUUUGUUUCAUAAUUCUCUUUAUCUAGUAGUAGUUUAUUAAUGAAAGCUAGGGUUUAUUUGCCUUCUUUCGCAGCAA